UGCCAGUUUCAUACGUUGAUGCCUACUUUAGACAGAUUGAGUAUUUAUAUUGAUUCUGUAAAAAUUUGAACGAUAUUUCUUCAAUUAAUUGCAAGGCUGAUAAGGUACAAUACUCUGUGAAUGUUAGCAUUUUUUUCACAUCAUUUACUCUUGGAUGACUGGUAGUAAGUCAUGGCUUUACAAGAUGUGUGUGGUUUUCUCGACCCCUCUUGUGAUCGUCAACGGAAUGCUGCAUGUUUGUGGUCCAGAUCUCUGGAGAGUACCUUUUACGGAGGUGGCUCCAAUACCAGAUGGCUGCAGGAAACCAGAAAUUCAAGUCCACUGGAAUUUUAUGUGCCGGUGCAUGAAUACCUAACGCGGAGCCCUAUUCAGUUCGGUCAAGUCCAACCUAGCUUAGACAACUCACCUUGCACCUCCAAGAACAAUGAUCAAUACCACCAGUCUUUACCCUCACUCUCCACCCACUCCCCCAUUCCACUUUCAGUUUCUCCCUCUGUUCCUCUACCAUUCCCUCUGGGUCACGGCACCACCACACUGGGAUUCAUCUUCCAGGGCGGUGUGAUUGCUGCAGCAGAUUCACGAUCCAGCUGUGGGGGCCUGGUGGCAUGUCCUGCAUCCCAAAAGAUCAUACCUGUUCACUCCCACCUGGUGGGGACCACGUCGGGUACCUCGGCCGACUGCGCCCUCUGGAAGCGAAUCUUAGCGAGAGAGUUGAGGCUUUACCAGCUUCGAAACAAGCGGAGGCUUUCGACAGGGGGUGCCGCCAAGCUGUUGUCUCACAUGCUGCACCCUUUUAAAGGCACUGAGCUGUGUGUGGCUGCCACUCUUUGUGGAUGGGAUGGAGAGGAGAAGGAGAUGAUACUACGUUCAAGCAACAGAGGAACUGGUAGCAGACCAGUGGCAGAAAGAGAUGCCAAAACCUCUGUAGAAGACAGCGAUGGUAAACCACCAAUGACAAUCAUAGAACCUUUUCAGGCUGAUCCUAAAACCCAACCAACAGCCAUCUCUAAUUCCAUGACUACAAAACACUCUGGUCCAGGCCUUGUUUAUGUGUGCAGCGAUGGCCUCCGUUUGAAGGGUGAGCUCUUCUCGGUGGGCUCAGGUUCUCCCUAUGCUUACUCAAUCCUGGAUGAGAGGAUUCACUGGGGGAUAAGUGUAGACGAAGCGGUCUCAGUAGCCAGGGAAGCCGUGUAUAGGGCCACGCACAGGGACGCAUACUCUGGCAAUAACGUAGACCUGUACCACGUCACUGCUAAAGGUUGGACACGAAGGAAGAGGGAGGACCUCAAAGAAGAGUACUACAGAGAGAAGGAGAGAGAGAGGAGAAGAAUGGAAGAGAGGAAGCGGGAGAGAGAGCGAGAAAAAGUCAGGCAAGAUGACUAACCUGAGUUUAACCAGUAAAAGUAUAAUGGUCAUCAUGAAAAAAAUGAAUA